AUGCAACUAUCCACCACCGCAGGCGCAGCCUCACCGCCACCGGCGUUAGAAGAGGAGCGGUUACCUCACGACGGCGAAGGUUACGACCUUAACGAAGACGGCGCUCCGAUCAGCGUCGUCUCACUGGACGAUGAGGGUUUCCCGUCGCAAGUCCUCGGAGAAGACGGUUCACCAAACGGAUCGGUAACAGCAUCGGAAAAGGGCAGUUUCGCCGCCGAUUUCUAUCGCGGCGGAACCGACUGGUCCUCGUUGUUGUCGCCAGAAGAUCAAAGUGACAGGGAUUUCGCGCGCGAUUCGGUACCUUCGGAGAAGAAGCUGAAGCAAGCCAAUCUGUUCCAGAUUUGGGGCUUCAAAAGAAACGAAACCGUUGGUUCCGUUGAAUCUGAACCCAAUCAAAGUUGUAAUUGUGAUGACGGAGGUGAGGGCGGUGCUUCUUCUGAGAGGAAGAUUGUGAAACCUGAAAAUUGGGGUUCGAUUUUGCGUGACACCGGGAAAGUGUUCGAGAACCCAAAAUUUUCUCGCAAGAGAAAGGAUUCCCAUGGUGAAAGUAGGGUUACACGUGCCUGCCCCUUUUAUAAGAAAAUCCCAGGGACAACGUUCACUGUUGAUGCUUUUCGUUAUGGGUGUGUUGAAGGGUGCUCAGCAUAUUUUCUUAGUCAUUUCCAUUCCGAUCACUAUGGCGGCCUUAGCAAGAAAUGGUCGCAUGGUCCUAUUUAUUGCUCUCCUCUCACGGGACGGCUAGUUCAAAUGUGUCUCUCGGUGAAUCCUUUGUACAUCCACCCUUUGGAAUUUAACAUUGAACAUUUGAUUGAUGGUGUCAAGGUGACUUUGUUAGAAGCUAAUCAUUGCCCUGGUGCAGCUUUGAUUCACUUUGGCCUCCCAAAUGGGCAACGCUAUUUGCAUACUGGGGACUUUAGAGCUUGUAAACAAAUGCAAGCUUACCAUCUUCUUGUAAAUCAACGUGUGAAUGUACUUUAUUUGGAUACCACAUAUUGCAACCCAAAGUACAAGUUCCCUUCCAAGGAAGAUGUACUCAAUUAUGUUGUCAAAAUUACGAAGAACCACCUCAAAAUGCAUCCCAGAACUUUAGUGGUUGUUGGGGCAUAUAGUAUUGGCAAAGAAUGUGUAUAUCUUGCAAUUUCUAAGGCACUCGGGGUAAAAAUUUAUGCAAACGCUUCAAGAAGACGGAUUUUGCUAGCUUUUGGUUGGCCUGACUUUUCAGAUAGUCUCUGUACAAAUGGAAAUAACACGCUUCUCCAUGUUCUGCCCAUGUCAUCUCUGAGAUUUGAGACCUUAAAGGAUUACGUGAAGACCUACAAGGAACAAUUCACAUCAAUAUUGGCAUUUCGUCCCACUGGUUGGACUUUCAGCGAGAAGACACGCAACGAUCUGGAUCUAAUUAAACCUAUUUCCAAAGGAAAUAUCACGAUAUAUGGGGUUCCCUACAGUGAGCACUCCAGCUUCACAGAACUGCGGGAUUUUGUUCAGUUUUUGAGGCCUGACAAGAUAGUUCCUACUGUGAAUGUCGGGAAUGCUACUAAUCGAGAAAAGAUGCAAUCCUACUUCCGAGACUGGUUGAAGGGCUAAAGUCUCUGCUCUUCUUUAAGAGAUUGAGUUUGUAAUAUGAGAUUUCCAUUUAAAAUCCAAUUUGCGGGGACUCAACUUAUUUACUGCUGCUUGCAGAAGGUGAUACAUUAAUUUUUUUUAUCCUAAACAGUUGUGAUUACAUGCUUUAUCAAAUGGCUGCAGUGCAACAAGUUUUCCUCCAUGUUUAAGAUGAGCCCCAAUAUGACAGUCUUGCUAAAAUCUCCUUGAAAGAUCCUCCUGCAGAACAUGCAAUACUUUUAUGACAACCAAAUCAGGAAAAUAUAAAAUGAAAUGUCAUGCCUUCUAAUGUUGGUCGUCUACACACUUGGCGUUUGCCCAUUUUGAACAUUGUCUUUGAAUAUUGUAUAAAAAAAAAUUGAUAGCGAGGUGAAA